AUGGACAUAGACACAGGCAUGCACCAAAACCAACACAACAACCAGCACAACAACCACCUCCACAACCAGCACAACAACCAACAGUUCAAAACCCUGCACAACAACCAGCACAACAACCACCUCCACAACCAGCACAACAACCAACAGUUCAAAACCCUGCACAACAACCAGCACAAACAGAGCAAGGACAUAAAAGAAGUAGAGAACAAGGAAACCAAGAAUUCUUAA